AUGGUUUGCAGAGCAUCAGCGCAGCAAGCGGCCGUGUCUGCCGUCAUCUUUGAUAAGAAGCUGUCUCGAAUGGAGCUGUCGAUGAGCGAAUGGUCCAUAAUGGAGAAGGUGCAAGAGAUCCUGAAACCAUUCAAAGUGGCGACGGAAGCGCUGUCUACGGAUGCCUAUCCAACAGCGUCGGCUGUCUUGCCAAUCAUUCAUGUUCUGCUUGCACAGCUCAAGCGAACGCCAAGCGAAGAAGAACCGCCAGCGCUGCUUGAGAUGAAGGCAAAAAUAGCGACGGAUCUCAAGAAGCGAUAUGGCGAGGAAAGGGUCGCACGUAGGCUUUUGAACAAGGCCAGUUAUCUGGAUCCUCGUUUCCACCAACUCCGUCAUUUGGAAGAGGACCAGAAACGGCAGGUGCAUCUGGCAGUUUUGGAGGAGAUGAAGGCAAAUGUGGGAGGAGGAGGGAUGAGGCUCCCGAAAGACCACGCGAGCAGCAACCCAAAUCUGCGUUGA